AUGAGCUUCCUCCUUAAAACCGCUCGUGGCGACAAGACUACCACCACCACCACCGCCAACCACACAACCACAGCAGAGAAGAUGCCCUCCACAUCAAGGCCUUUCUCGACCGUGUCUCCCGUCCACCCAAACUACCUCCCCAAACUACACAAGUCCGGCCGCAUGGAGAAGAAGCUUGCAGCAGCAACAAUAGCAGCCCUCGGCGUGGGCUAUGGCGUCUCAGCCCUGAUGAACAACCAGCUGCACUACUCUGCCGACGACACGGCAUCUUCCUCCUCCUCAUCCUCCUCGUCGGCAUCGUACCACUCGGCGACGGGGGCCAGCUCGUCCUCGCACCGAGAGCAGCAGAAGCGCCGCGAGAUGGCCAUGCUCGACGCCUACGGCGACCGGGGCUCGCUCGAGGAGCUCGAGGCCGCGGUCAAUGCGUACGCGAGCCAGCAGGCGGAACGGGAGCGCAAGUCGAGGAAGUGA